AUGAGAACAUACAUCGAUUAAUCCUAACGCAGACUCCUAGACGAUAACUUCAAUUUGAAAUCGUUUCGUUCUCAAGCCAAAGACAAGUGGAAUUUGAGUUUGACGAGUGAUUUGAAUUAAUCGUCUUUCAAUUCUGUGAGAAAGGAGAAUCGUUAAGGAGUGCCAUCCUUCGACAAUUUGCAAGUAAGGAUUCGGGACUUAUCUUAAUCGCGUCAGACAACUUUAAAUUAUAAUUCUAACGAUAAUUUUACUCCCUAGAAGAAUCUUUACUCUCCUCAUAAAGCCUAUGGGAUGAGAUAAAUAAUUUAAACCACCUUGGGAUAGAAUACAAUGACUAAUUCAAAUGAAAAGCAACCUCAAAAUUCGAAAUCUCAAUCUUCUCAAUAGAAGCUAUUUUAAAGGCCGAGUGAUCCUCUAUAAUUGCCAUUGAAAGGGUCAUCUAGAAAACAAGGAAGACUUUUGUCUGAUGCAGUACAAUUAAAUGAAAUCGUGGCAUUGCGAAAUAGGAUUGAGUCAUCAGUAGUUAGUAGAUCAUCAUUGACUUCGACUUAUAUAAGUGAGUUAGUGAAAUUGGCCUAAUCCAUCACCACAUCUCUAAAACAAGAAUGA